UUGAUGAUCUCUCUCAUCCAAAGCAAAGACAAGAACACAUUCUCUCUCUCUCUCUCUCUCUCUCUCUCUCUCUCUGUCUCUGUCUCUCUCAAUUUUUGGUUUUGGAGUCACCACUACUUCACGCUUGCUUCAGAUACCUUUCUAUUCUCGUUCAACUUCGCAUUAGAUCUAACUUCCUAUAUCUUCUUCGAAACAGUGUCCCUCUCUCUCUCUCUCUCUCUCUCUCUCUCUCUCUCUCUAUAUAUAUAUAUAUAUAUAUAUAUAUAUAUGUAUAUAUCGUUGAUUUACAUAACGGAGUUGUCCAAUGUGCUGACUGGCUUAGGAGGUUUUCUCCUUGAUUUGUUUUCAUAAUUGAAGAAUGUGGAAUUAGUGCUUGAGUUGCAUGGCUAUGUCUGGCGAGAUCCAAGAACCUUUUGCCCUUAAAUUUCGGGCAGAUUCUCUACACUCUGGAUCAAUCUCAUUUGGAAAGUUUGAAGCGGAGUCCUUAUCUUGGGAAAGGAGGUCAUCCUUCUCACACAACCGGUACCUUGAAGAGGUGGAGAAAUAUUCGAAACCAGGUUCAGUUACUGAGAAGAAGGCUUAUUUUGAAGCUCACUUCAGAAGGAAGGCCCUUCUAAGCCAAAGUUCAUCUGAAUGCCAAAAUGGUAUAGAUUACCAAACAAGUGAGAAUGACGAAUCAGAGAACAUGGUUUUCAGAGAGGAACUUGAGCACAAUGAUGAGGGUAAUCAUCAUAUACAAUUUGACAAGAGUUCGGUUGGUUCAGACUGUGGUGGAGAAAGGGCAGUGAUGGAAUAUGGUAGAGAAUACUUGGGAACUUCACAUAUUGAACCUGCGGUUGAAGCUAAUGUCAAUGAAGGCAGUGGUUCUGUGCAAAGUGGCUGUGAACAUGUCAACCCUGAGGAAGUACAUCAAAAUGAAACUGAGAGGUUCCCUCUUAUUGGCGCUGAACCAGGAAGAGAAGUAAGAGAGGAGUUUCAUGAUGAAGCGGUGAAUGUAGAUUUGUCAUUGUCAUGUAAAGCUACAAAUCUGUCGACUGAUAAUCACACUGCCACGAUGCAUGAUAGUGCUAGUUUAGAACACCAACGAGAGUCUUCCCUCAAGGCGGGGUCACAAUUGGGAAGCAAAACUGUGAAGGCCAAAUCAAAGUCGUCUCUUGGCAAUGUAACUCGGGUUCAGAGAAAUGUUUCAAGUGAACUUUGUAAAGGCGAUGCAAAGAAACCUACUAGAAUAGAAAAAGAAAGUUCUCAGACUACAAAAUCAGAAAAGCAAUCGCCACAAACGGCUGCCCCGACCAUACGUUCUGUGCACAAGACUUCAAAACGAGAGGUUUCCAAAAGUUCAAACCUAAAAGUGGUUCAUUCUAACAAAAGCAGUGAAAAGGAAGUGAAUAGCAAAAAGAUUGUUGAGCCUAAGCCUUCUGUGUCCGACAAGGUUGUUCCUAAAGCACGGCAACCAACAAACAGGCCCAAGCAGACUGAGAUUUCAGCUAAACCGGGCAUGAAACAGAGCUCUGCAGUGUACAAUCUGGAAAGAGAUCAACUAGCGGAAAGGCGGAAAGAGGAAAAGGAAGCUGAGCUUAAAGAGCUACGGAAAAGCCUAAAUUUCAGAGCAACGCCCAUGCCUUCUUUCUAUCAUGCAGCUGUACAGCGUGAUUCACAUAAACAGAAGGCUGUAUCAAGUAACACGAAAUCAAAUAGACUCGGUAUUAAGUCAGCUCAAGUGUGUCUGGCUGCUGGAAAAUUUCCAUCUUUUGGGAAAGCAGGAAAUCAGCAAUCCCCGUCCAACAUUGGAAAUGCCAACACAAGAGAUUUACCUCAAGUUUCAGCGGCAACCAACUACAGUCUAGCAUCAGUGUCCUCUGAAACCAGUGAAACUUCCCGCACUCAUAGACAAGAGGAAAAAACUAGUGAGGUAACUAGCAGAAAAAUGCUCUUGGACGAAAUUGAUGUGAGUUCGCCGAAACAUCGAGUACCAGGGAGUAGUAACAAGGUUUUGACAGGACAGAGAUUUGAGGGGAAGCAUAAAGAUGAAGCUAAUAGAAGCAAUGCUGGGAUGGUGAGGAAGGACACGAAAAGUGUAGGCAUUGGCAGUGCUACAGGAACUAGUCGUUUAGUUGUCGGUGUUCCCUCCUAAUCAUGUGUGUUGCCAAUUCGAAUCCAUCCAUUCUGCUCCUCAAACAGGGGUUAGAAAUGCACAUGUCUCUUGUAUAUCAGUUGUUAUUUACUCUUACUUCCACCGUUUAAGUGUUAGCAGUGUGUUAAGCGCGCCUUAGUGAAAGAAGUGAAUAAUGUUUGCUUUUGGAGCAUUGUAAUUGAUAGCCCUUCAAAGGAUGUUUUAGAAAUUUCAGCUCAUAAUCAAUGAUCGAGAUUAGGAAAUCCGAUAUAUUAGCA